AUAGUAAAAACGCAUCCCUAUCACAGCUGUUGUCUAUCGAUACCAAUCAGAGAAACUACAUAGAAAAUGCACAAAAUAUAGCUUGAAUUGCAAUAAAUGUACGCUAAUUAAGCUACAUACCGAAAUACGUAGAAGAAAAAAUCAAUUAAGUGACAUACCGCAGGGUUUUGCGCAUUUUUAGUUCCCUCAACGUACGCUUUCCAGCACUUCAAUCAACAGUCAGCUGGUCAACACAGAACUCCCUCUCCCACCCAAGAAGCAAUCAAAAUAAAAAUAAAAACCCGUGAGGAAUUCGUGUGAAAUAGAUCCUCAUGACGUUGCUAUGUCCAAGCGAAACAAUAUAACCUACGUCAAGCCGCAGGAACCCAGUUUUUUGGCCAAGCUGAAGGCGGAAAUAGGCUACAAAGAGGGGCCCUCCGUCGACACAAAGCGCCAGCGACUCGAAGACGAGGACCCAGAGGGCUCGGACUCUGGCGAGGAACGGCCGGAAAGGGAGGACGAACAGCCCCAGGUGGUGGUGCUGCAGGCCGGAGAUCUAUCCGCCGCGGAGGCGCUCGAGGAGAAACGUUUAGCCGCCAAAGAGCUGGCCGAGAAGCGUGCGGACUUGUCCCAACCCAUUGUAUUCAAGCAACGCGUCAAGCAGCCCAACGUCGAGGAGGAGGCUGAUAAAACCAAGCCCAAGAAGAGCAAGAAAUCCGAUAAGGGAAGCAAGAAAUCCAAGGCCGCUGCCGUCAGCAGCAGCAAAUUGUCGUUCAACGAGGACGAAGAGGACAGCGAAGGCGGAGAGGAUUAGGCGAGAACUUCCAGCUUUCCAGUUUUCCAGCUCCUGCUUCCAGCUUCCAGUUACUGUUCAGUUCCAGCCCCGUCCCGACCCAUUGAGGUUGUUUGCUGUGAAUGAUUAGAAACACAAGAUACAGCGCCAAGAUACACCUCGACUAAGGCACAUUCCACACACCAGAAAACAGA